GUUGGGGUUACAUGCUGCUCUCCACCCAUGCUCUCCAUAAAUGUGGUCCUUGAACGACACAUAGCCCAGGCACUAUCGCAUUGCCCUCAGGAUUAAGGGGUACAGUUUUGUCUUGACCUCAACACGUUGCUUCCAACGUGGUUGUGCAACCAUAACACAAGUCUGUGUUUGAACGUCCCAGCAGCAGAGAGGAGGUUGGGAGGAGGAGAGAAGGAUGAUAAUGCAGCGCAUUCUAACUCGUGGGACGCUGCGGCGGGUGGCAGCGGCACGCCCGUUACUGGUGGGCGUCGCCAUCCCUGAACCACCAGUAGCAUUUUGUUGCUGUGUCUUCCGCCUGUCCCUUCCACCACCCACAGGCUGGCGCUUUCUGUCAACAUCAGCCUCCAGCAAGGCAGCACAUCAACCAAAACACCAGCUACCACCGGAGGAACCACAGUCCAGCUCCGCACCUCCAACACAGGAGGUCCAGAUAGGGGAAGCUAGCCCUGAUGCUGUCGAGGUGGACCCUCUGCACGACAAGUCCACCGGUUUGGUUCAGAGGUUUAAGAGGACCUUCAAACAGUAUGGGAAGGUGAUGAUCCCUGUACACAUCAUGACGUCCUCUGUCUGGUUCGGAACCUUCUAUUACGCUGCUAUGAAAGGUGUGAAUGUACUGCCCUGCCUGGAGAUGAUUGGUCUACCAGAGUCACUAGUUAGUAUUUUAAGGGGCUCUUCGAGUGGUUACGCUCUGACUGCAUAUGCUAUGUACAAGAUCGCAACCCCUGCUAGAUAUACAGUGACUCUGGGCGGCACGUCGCUAUCUGUUCAGUAUCUCCGCAAGCAUGGCUACCUAUCUACACCACCGCCAGUUAAAGAAUACAUCCAGGACAAAAUGGAGGAGACAAAGGACAAACUGACAGAAAAGAUGGAGGAGACAAAGGAGAGAUUUUCAGAGAAAAUGGAGGAAACAAAAGAACGUUUAUCUGAGAAAAUGGAAGAGACUAAGGACAAGCUGUCUGAGAAACUGCAGGAAACCAAAGACAGAGUCUCAGAGGGAAAAUCGUUUUUUAAAAAGAAAAACGAUUAGCUUAUCCCGUAUACAGAUGGCGCCUCUGAAUAAAUUAUCCUAUUUUGAUCUCGACAAGUAAUCAGUGAGUUUGGGGCAAGUAACAGAAGGCGCUUGUGAGACUGUUCGGAAAGAAGAGAGACUUAUUCUGUCCUUGUCCUAUAAUUUCACCUCACGCAUCUCAGUUAUCAGCUGUUGUAUAUUUAAAUGUCAAAUUCAGUCCCUAAUUUCCCAAACUGCCACGAUGCACUGUAAAUGCAGACUAGGCAGCAGCUUGGCAGACUCCUAGCAAUGCUGCAUUCUGGCUCAGUCAUCUCAGACUGGAUGUGCACAGGCUCAAGUGAUCUGGACUGUGAAAAGAACAGAAGCGGUGUUCUCUUCACAUAAAUUAAUGAGGGAAAAAAGAGACUUGUCAAUGUUAACAACAUCCAAAAAAGACUGAGAGCAGUGCUACUCCCUCUGGUUGGUAGUUAACCCUGAGCUUGUUUUAUUGUCCUUUAUGUAUUUGUCUAUUAUAGCCUUAGUGUAAGGCUGGGUAUCACAUUGUGUCUUUUCUAAUGUAAUUACAAAGAAAUUCUUAAGUAUUUUUAUCCCAUAGCCCAAGCUAAUAUAUUACAUUAUUUAGGUGUCUGUACCACUUCAUGUGUUGACUGAAAUGAAAGCUGUUCUUGGAACACAAAAGGUCACAGUUCAUGCCAUUAAUUGUCCGUCAUACAUGUAAACAAUGGGUACAGCAGCAGUCUGCCAGAUUAAAUAUCUUGGGUACUUGUGUACGACACAAAUGUUCUUGUCAGAAACCAAUGCUUGGUUAAAAUCACAACUGAAUAAAAUGCUAAUCCUCAAA